UAAUGAAAUAAGUAGCGAGGUGCAGGCCGUGCAGAGUGCAGGUGAUGAGCGCCUCUCAGUGAUCUCGUGCUGCAUUUUGCUCCCCGUUCGUCUAGACCCGCUCGACACAUCGGAGGAAGCGGAGGAAGGGUGUUAUGUGACGUUUUACAUGUCAACCACGAACGCGUGCGAUUCACGAUAAAUGGCUGGCUCGUUGGGCACGGUCGAUUGGGAAGAUCUGAGGAAGCAGGCGAGACAUCUGGAAAAUGAGAUCGACGCGAAGCUAGUGGCGUUCAGCAAGCUGGGCAUAAACACAGGCGCGAGGCAUGUCAGCGCCGAUGAGGUCCCUCUCCUGGACGAGGAGCAGGUGUUCGAGAACAUGGCGUCGGAGCUCGAGACGCUGCUCUCCAAGUUGUUGUCCAUAAACGAGAGGAUGAGCGAGUUGCAGCCGAACGGAGCAGCUAUGUUGCAUACGAUGCAGCGCCACAAGGAGAUACUGAAAGAUUACAAGCUGGAGUUCAACAAGAUCAGAAACAACUUCACGGCUAGGAAGGACCGCGAGGAUCUUCUAGGCAGCGUCCGUAAAGAAAUAGACAAUUAUAAAAGUGCGAGCGGAUUGAAUCGGCGCGAAAUGUAUGUCAAGGAAAAUCAACACAUUCACAACUCCGACCGAUUGAUCAAUGACCAAAUAAGCAUAGCGAUGGAGACGCGGGAUCACUUGAUGACACAGAGGCAGGCGUUCAAACGUAUACGAACCCGAUUCAACGAUAUCUCCAAUCGAUUCCCGGCGGUGAACAGCCUAAUGCAGAGGAUAAAUCUACGUAAGAGAAGAGACUCCGUUAUACUCGGUCUCGUCAUCGGAGUCUGUACGUUUUUAAUGCUUCUGUAUGCCUUUCACUAGAUAUCAAAGAAUACUUCCAUCUUCAAGUAGCGAUCACUUCACCGAAUUGAAUUUUUGCAAUACGUUUCACGGUAAUCUUAGAACAAUACAUGUAUGUAUGUUCUAAGAAAGAUAUACAUACGUUUAAGAGGUACUAUGGAGAUCUAAUAAACACCGUAGGGAAUUUAGUAUAAUAGAGUAUGCAAGAUUGAAUACGUGCUUGAAUGAUUGAGCAAGUGUAUCCUGCCACCACUUGCGUACGAAGUGCACGAAAAGAAGAAUCUGUAUAGUUUUUUUAUACCGAAGUACAAGACGUGGGAAUAUAUGAUGUAAGCGGAACUUUCAUCCACGUUUGACACGUUAACUUAAUAAAUGUUAAAAUAUGAUGAUCUUUAUUCUCUAAUAAUUGCGCUAAUUGUGUGGAUUUUUCGAAUAAUUUUAGAAAUCGAAGGAAGGAAUACGCGAGGAAUAUUUAUUUAUGUAUUUCGUUCCUGUGGCGAUUUCGUAAUCUUAUAAGAAAAAUAGGUUUUCGUAGGGAGACAAUCCUCAGAGAUUUGUACAUUUUGCGGUAAAAUCAUUAUAUUUCGUAUCUGUAUAAACCAAUAGUUUUUGAAUUCUGCGUCACUUAACAUAUUUUGAUGAUAAUAAAAAGGAAAGGAUGAUACAUACUGAUUCAGCAGUUUCUUUUUCGUUAUGCAAAAAAGGGGGUGUUCAGCGUUAAAUCAAAUCGUCUCGAUGAAACGCAGAAUGAGUGUUUAAAAAAAAAAAGAGCUCUCGGACGCGAAAAUGGUGAGUAUCGUCGUCGUUUCGGGUAAGAAUUGGUUUUACAUACACAGAGACAUUUAUACACGCAUAUAUACACUCAGCGCACUCGCUCGUUCGUCGUGAGUCAUCCGCGAAAACACAGCACGUUUAGAAAAGGGAAUAAUCAUUUUCACUAGAAAGCGCGACGCCUGUUUCCACGUGUACUAAAUAUCACAUUUAUAAAUUACCUCUGGAAGAUAGGAACUCAAGCGAGAUACAAUUGUGAACAAAAAAAAAAAAAAAAAAAGAAAAAA